UUAUUUCCUCAUAAAAUGUGUGUCAUUAGUUAAACAUCAACCCAACAGAGACAUAUCAGGAGUUUUGGGAAUUUCUGGAACAAAUACAUGUGUCUUGUGCAGGGCUGUAGGGAACCUUCAACAGAAGCCCAUUAAUAUUCAGUUUUUUCACCAACAGUUGCAGUGCAGUUCCUAUAUACUCUGGUAAUUAACACAUCAAGUAGCCAGCUCAUCAUAGGAAAGUGUUCAAGUGGUGUGACUGCAAAACUUUAAGGUAAAGAUGUCCUGCACCAUUCUGUAUCCGCUGCUGCUUCUCCUGUUCAGCUGUGCCUGUAUUGCUGAGGUCCAGCAGGAAGAGAACGAAGUGCAGGCUGAGAGUCCCGAGCGUUUGAAUGCAGAACAAAGAGGUGCUGUUUUGACUUCUGGCGAGUGUCAGCAACACUUUCUCACAGUGAUCUACACUGAGCUAACAGAGCUGAAAUCCACUGUGAGUUCUCUGAAGAACAGACUGGAGGUCACUGAGAAACAACUGGAGGUCACUGAGGAACAACUGGAGCAGCUCAGGAGAAACGAUUAUAAAGUGGCAUUUGCCGCCACACUUGGACCCAUUGGUGACGUUGGACCUUUCAACACUGAUAUCACUCUGGUUUACAAAAAGGUCUUUGUGAAUGAAGGAGGAGCUUACAACCCAACCACUGGUAUCUUCACAGCACCAGUUAAAGGUGUCUAUUUCUUCUCUGUCUCUGGACGUCACCGCUCAAACAGACUAAUGGAUCUAAGACUCAUUAGAAAUGGACAACCAAUGGUAUAUGUUAUUAAUCAUCCUCUAGGUGAACGCUAUGAAUCAACAGCUAAUUCAUUCUCUUUGAAUCUAGAGAAAGGAGAUCAUGUCUAUGUGCGUCUCCGGCACAAUACAUGGGUCUUUAAUAAUGAAAAUGACUUAACUUCAUUUGCUGGCCAUUUACUCUAUUCUCUUUGAGGUCUUAUUAAAUUCAUGAAGUUCAACAUACUUCUCAAACAAGUCUUAACUGCAGGUGAUAAAGAUUUUUUAAGACAAGUGCUGAUUCACUGAAGAGUAAAAUAAAUGCACUAUAACAUAUUCUUUGAGGUUGAAGCCUUAAUGUUUGUUCAUUCAUAUUGUAAUUUUAUCUCUGUGGCAGUUUUAUUAAAAUGAAUUGUUUGUAAAAUUAACUGUAAAUGUUAUAAAGUAACUUAAUUUGGAAAGUUGAAUUCUGUGUAAAAAGUAUAUAUACUAUUCUAAAUAUGUUUCUUAAAUAAAAG